CCGGCCCAACUAGACCUGAGCUCCACCAAUCUGGGCUUUCGCUAGGAACCCAGUCAGUGUGGAGCGUGCUCGGGAAACGGCGUGGGCCAACAGCAGCAAGCAGAUCGCAGAGCCGCCACCGCGCCACCGGCGACGACGGGAAGAGGGGAGGGCACGAAGGCGGAGAGGGGCAGCGGGAGCAGCAGCGGCAGCCAUGGGCGUGAUGGAGAAGCUCAAGAUCUUCGUGGUGAAGGAGCCCGUCGUCGCCGCGUCUUGCCUCAUCGCCGGAUUCGGUCUCUUUCUUCCAGCGGUUGUUCGGCCAAUCUUGGAUUCAUGGGAAACUGCAGAAAAAGUUCCUCCACCUCCUCUAAAUGAAGUGGUUGCAGGUGUCACCGGCAAGAAUAAGUAGUGAACUUGCAUGUUUUCUCUUGUCAAUGUUGUCCCACAUUUUCUUCCCCAUGUUUUCUUGUGACCAGAUUGUACCAGGGGCGCAGUCUUGAACUCUAGAUGAUAUCGGCGAAAUAAUCGUUGUACCUGAACCUCAUCAUACUGCAAUGUGAUUUUGGAAAUUUUCCUUCUCAAGAGGUCGGCAGAAUGUCAGUACGUUUUGGAUU